UAUCACCAAAAAACAUCAUGGCUGAAGAGAAGAAACACCACUUUGGUGGUCUCUUCCACCACCACAAGAACGAGGAGGAAGACACCCCCGUUGAGAAAACUACAUAUGAAGAAACAACCUAUGGAGAGAGUGAAAAAACUAGCACCUAUGGUGAGAAAACUACCACAUUCGGAGAUGACAACAAAUAUGGUGAGAAAACUAGUUAUGGUGAUGAUACAUAUGGUGAAAAACCUACCUCCUACGGAGGAGAUAAUACAUAUGGUGAGAAAACAAGUUAUGGUAAGGGAGAUGACAACAAGUAUGGAGAGAAAACUAGUUAUGGUGAGGGAGAUGACAACAAGUAUGGAGAGAAAACUAGUUAUGGAGAUAGCGGAUACGGAGAGAAACCUAGUUAUGGUGGGGAAGAUGACAACAAAUAUGGAGAGAAAACUAGUUAUGGAGAUAGCGGAUACGGAGAGAAACCUAGUUAUGGUGGGGGAGAUGACAACAAAUAUGGUGAGAAAACAAGUUAUGGUAAUGAGGAAGGUGGCUAUGGUGGAGGAGUUGGUGAGACUACUAAUUUUGAAGAGAAUGAAAGUGAGACCAAAACUUCUGAAGAUUAUAAGGAAGAGAAGAAACACCACAAGCAUCUUGAAGAAAUUGGGGGACUCGGAGCUGUUGCUGCUGGUGCCUUUGCUUUGCAUGAGAAGCACAAGGCAGAGAAAGACCCAGAGAAUGCACACAAGCACAAGAUAGAGGAAGGAAUAGCAGCAGCUGCUGCAAUUGGUGCUGGUGGAUUUGCAUUCCAUGAACAUCAUGAGAAGAAGGAAGCAAAAGAAGAAGAGGAGGAAGCUGAGGGAAAGAAGAAGCAUCAUUUCUUCAAUUAAUUCUCCUAUCAUAAUAUAUUUACCUCUCUUUGUUGUGUGCUGAUCGAUCUAUCCUUUAAUUAAUACUCAGCACCUAAAUAAUUUGUAUGUGUGUUACAGUACUCUUGUGUUUGAUGUAAGCGUUACUUGGUCAAUUUGGCGUUUUAAGUCACCUACAUGUUGUAGUACUUUGCAUGAGUGUGAAUAAUACUAUUACGUAUAUUGUUUUUCUUAAAA